CGGCCGCGCAGCCGCCGCCGGGAAACCCGAGCCCGCGGCGCCAGGCGAGCCCGGCCCGACGGCGGCGGGAGGCGGGGCGCGGGCUGCGGGCGGCGCGCGCCAUGGACGCAGGAGCCGAUGCAGAAGGGGGCAGUGGCCCCGCAGCCUCCGAGGACCCCCGGAGCCCCGCGCUCCCGCAGCUCCCGUGUCGCCCGCGGCUCCUGGAUGAGGACGGAGGGCCCAGCAAGGAGGUGGCCGUGGAUGGGGGCAGCGCCCCCGCUGCGGAGGAACCUCCGGCCGAUGCCGAGGCCGAGGCCGUGGCCGCUUCCCCCGCCCAGGCUGAGCCUGUGGGCGAGGCCCAGCAGGGCCCCAAGGUGGCAGCCGGCGGGGUGCCCAACAUCGGCUUCGUGGGCGAGCCCCCGCCCUACGCGCCACCGGACCCCAAGGCCGUGCACCUGCUGUACCCGCCCUUCCCACAGGGGCCGGUCCUCUUCCAGCCCGGGCCCUCGCCCCAGGCCCUGUACCCACCGCCGCCGGCCGCGCCCCUGUACCCCGCGCCCGCUGCGCCGCCGCUCUUCGCACCCUUCCCGGUGUACAACGGCCCUGUGGCCGGCAUAUCAGCCCCCGCCACCGCCGCCGAGCACAGGCCACUGCCCAAGGACCACAUGAUGGAGUCGGUGCUGGUGACGCUCUUCUGCUGCCUGCUCACGGGGCUCAUCGCCGUCGUGUACUCGCACGAGACACGCGCGGCCCUGAGCAGGGGGGACCUGGCGCAGGCGGAGGAGGCGUCCCGCAAGGCCCGCUCGCUCGUGCUCUUCAGCCUGCUCUUCGGGGUGUUCGUGUCCGCCGGCUGGGUCGUCUACGUGCUGGUGGCGCUCUACCUGCCCUGAGGGCCGCGGCGACGCACAGGGACACCCAAGCCGCACGGACUCUGUGGACUCUGAGCCCUGCUGGUGGCCACCUGUCGCCUACAGAGGGGCCCCGGGGGCAGGAACAGCUGGGGUGUGGCGCCCUCGGCACAGCCGCGGCGGGGCCUCACCCCUCCCGGUGGCCCCCCGGCCGCGCCCUAACUGACCUGCUGCGGGGCCCGGGCCCGCCGCAGCCCCCGGCCUCCGUGCUUCCUCCCGAGGUCUUUCGGGGGCCGCGCUGGCUCAGCCCCCAGGCGGCCCCCAGGGCCCUUGCCUCCCCGUCCCACCCGAGCCGACUCCGGCCCCAGCCACCUGCAGCCCGGCCUGGUGACCGAAGGCAGAGCCGCUGGUGUUUCUUCUUCCCUGUGGGGAGCCGAGCGGCGUCCGCUCUCCUCAGUAGCUCCCGGCGGAUGGUUGUGAGCCCCUGCCCCGACUCCGGAGCCCCGCGCUCUCAUGCCGACUCCGGUGCAGGAACCAGGGCCCCCGCGUCUGGUCAAUAAACAAGAAGCCAGCCCCGGGCCGAGCUUCGCCUGCUGCUUCCCGGCUCCCGGGCGGGGUGAGCGGCGGCGUCUGUGCCCCGCCGGGCUCUGGGGCUGUCCUGGCUGCGGUCACUGAGACACUGUCUGGGGAAGGCAGCUCUGGCCGGGUCUGUUGGUUGCUCCUGUUGCGUGGCCCCUCUGCGAUGUGACCCGUUUCUCAGGGGGCGGCUUCUCCCCUCCGUCCCGCCUCCUGCUGACUCUCGCCGCCUGCAGUCUCCGGUCAGCCCCACUCCUACUCCUCCGGGCCCUGACUUUAUUGCCCACCCAUGGAGGCUCCCCUGGGGGUCCCCUGUGUGGCGAGGGCCACCCUGGCCGGGGAGCACUCAGGUCGCCCCAGAGGCUGCUGGUGGCCUGUAGCGGUGCACGUGUGUGUCUCCGCUUCGUGCCUGGUACCCCCCGGUCAGCUGUGGUCCUGAGAAUGGCCUUCCGCGCUAGCAAGGCUCAGAGCCGUCUGCAGAGGAAGGGGGCUUGGGGAGUGGGGCGUGGAGGUCUCCUGCAGCUUCCCAGCCCUUGACCUUCCCACUUGUCUAGGCCCCGGCCCCGGUCCCUGCCUUCAGAGAAGCUCUUCCCUCCCUUCCCCGGUCCUUCCCUUUCUUCUCUUCUCCUCCCCCUUCCUUCCUUCCUUCUUUUCUUUUCUGUUUUAUGAAUUUUAUUUAUUUGGCACAGAGCACAAGCAGGCAGAGGGAGAAGCAGGCACCCCGCCAAGUCAGGAGCCCGAUGCGGGGCUCGAUCCCAGGACCCCCAGAUCACGACCUGAGCCAAAGGCAGGCGCUAACCCACGGAGCCACCCAGGCCCUGGAGUUUCUGGUUUCUUGAGAAAAUUGGGAUUUCCCCAUCUGUAAAAUGGGGUGGCAGCGGUGCAAGCUGAUCUGGGAGUGGUGGGCAGACUCGUGGGGACCCCACGGGUGUCCCGCACAGAGCCUGGACCAGCUGCGUACGGACGGUGGGGACUUCUGUAGGGUCUCCCACAGCCAGAGGUUUUGAGAGAGCAGGGAGCAGGCCCUCACCAUGGGCUGAAGCACAGCCCGGAGCUUCCCAACCAGGGAGGAAAAGCCAUUCAUGGCGUUUUCCUGGGAAGGUGUCCAGAUCCUCAAAGGGGCCUGUGACUCGAGAUAAAAACCCAUCCGCAUAGCGAGGAGGAAGUCCCCCACCCAACCCCACUGAGCCACACCAGAAAGACUGAUCGAGUGAGAUCAACUGUGCCCCGACCGUGUGACCGUGCGCGCUCACAGCCUGCAGCCGCCCCGGGAGCUGCCGUAGUCAGGACCGCUCGGGGCGCCUGGGGGCUCAGCUUGUUAAUCCUCUGCCUUUGGCUCAGGUCCUGGUCCUGGGGUCCUGGGGUCGAGCCCCAAGUCAGGCUCCCUGCCCAGUGGGGAGCCUGCUUCUCCCUCUGCACCUCCCUUCCUCUCCCACUUGUGCUCUCUCUCUCUCAAAUAAAUAAAAUCUUUUAAAAAAAAUCAGGACGGCAUGGCUUUGCCACAGAGAUGGGUCAGUGAAAAAUAAUAGAAAGCCCAGAAAACA